AUGUGGCUGGAAAAGUACGCCCCGCAAAGCCUGGACGAGCUGAAAAUUCAUAAGGAUAUUACGCAGAGAUUGAAGAAGCUGAGUGCACACAAGGACUUACCUCACAUUAUUUUUUACGGAGCGCCGGGAGGAGGAAAAAGUACCAGAAUAGAUUGCCUAAUAAAGGAAAUAUUUAAGGAAGAAAAAAUAAUCAGGAGACCAGAAUGCUUAACGAAUGCAGAAAAUAAAAUAAGCAUAAAUGUGGUCCAGAGUAAUUACCACCUAGAGUUACAAUGCUUCGAAUUAGGAAUCAAGGACAAGGUAAUAGUGCAAAAUGUUAUUAAGGAGUUAUGUAGCUAUAAAUCGAGUGCGUCUUUUUUUUCCAAAACACCCAUGUAUAGAAUAUUUGUUUUUAAAGAUGCCGAAUUUUUAAGUGAAGGAGCUCAAGCAGGAUUGAGAAGAACCUUGGAAACAUACAUAAGAAAUGCCAGAGUUAUUUUACACUUGGAGCAUUUGUCAAAAAUUAUCGAGCCGUUAAAGAGUAGGUGCAUUUGUAUCCGAGUUCCUCUCCCAACGGAAGAAGAAAUUUUUUCGGUCCUAAAUGAUAUUAGCGAAAGUGAACAUGUCCCUGAACCCUUUUGUUCAGUCGACUUUUUCAAAACAUUGAUUAACAAGCAUGGACGUAAUUUGAGGAAAUGUAUUAUGGCACUAGAAAUGACAGUGUAUUCAAAUUCGGCCAAGCCACAUCAGUCUCUUUCCGUCGCUAGUACAUACAUAAACGAACUCUGUGAAUUUGCCUUUGUAAAUCCGUCCCAAAUAAAGAUGAAAGAAUGCGUAACGAAAAUUCAGAGCUUAAUAACAUGCCAAAUUCCGGUCAACUUCAUCUUUGAAACGAUCAUAAAAUAUUUGUUACGAAAUAAUUUUAAUUACAAACUCAAGUAUUAUUUCCUCAAAUUGUGCUCCCACUUUUCUUUCCUUUCGGAGAACUCUUUCGACAAAAGCAUCUCCCUCAUCGCCUUCAUCGUCAACGCCAACACGGCUAUUAUUAAGUACAACUUGGCGAAGAAGUAG